CGGAGUCCUAUUUUGUCUAUGGCUUUUUUUUGGGUGUCCUUGACAAGUGUUUUCUUGACAAUAGGUUGAUUCUUUCUACAUGUUUGGAGGCUGGGAAUUCUGGGUUUUUGUUGAGACUCAUUGUGUUAGAGAGAGAUAUGUUGGUGGACAUGUUUGGUGCUCCAAAUGCUGAUUUGCUGCUUCACUCGAGUACUAAUACUCCUCCUCCUCAGGAUUUGAGCUGCCGAUUCGAGCAAGCAUGUGUUUUGAGUUCAAACGUUAAUGGUGUGAGUUUCUUGAAUCGCUUCAGUUUCUGCAGCUUCUUCCAAUGACUACUUCUCUUUGAAAAUUUCGGAAUCCGAUGAUCAUUUUCUGUUAAGGCAUUCUUUGAUUCUUUAUAUUAGGUGGGUUUUUGUUGAUUUGUUCUUCUUAUAUAUACAUCACAUAAUUGAUUCAUAUAGGGGACACACACAUUUCCACUGAUUUAUUCCACAUACUUUCAUCGGAUUCCUUAGGGUUUGCUAGUCUUUUGUUCAAAAACUUCACCACACUCACAUAGCUUGUUGUUUCUCUGUAUUUUCUCUGCACAUUUAAGUUCUUACAAAUUUAUACAGAACAGUAAUACAUAGCACAGAUUGUAUUAAUUUAUACGUAUAGAGACAACAUAGAGGAAAAGAAAAUAGGUGUUUUGGAGUUGAACAUAAGAAAACAGAGAAAAUUGGAAGGAAAUAGAAUAUGUUGGCUGGGUGUUCUUCUACAUUAGUGUCACCGAGGCCUAGAUUGAGGAGUGAAGCAGCAUCAGCACAGUUCCCAGCUUGUCAUUACCCUUCAAUGAGCACACAAAGACUAGACUUGCCAUGUAGUUUUUCGCGGAAGGACACCUCGAUAUCGCAACCCGGUAGGCCCGUUGGCCUUUCGGUUGAGAAGCCGUUCGAAUCGAAGGCCAGCAGUUGUUCUCUCAAGCAGAACAUUCGCCUACCGCCUUCUGCAACAGACGUCAAGAGCGAGUUUUGGGACAAGGGUAAAAGCUUGAAGAGGUAUGCUGAGGAGUGCUCUUUUGGUGAAGAUGAUGAUGAUCAGUCAUACAUCAACAGGGUUAAGAGGAAAAGGGGCAAUGGAAAACCGGGCGAUUCUCCUAAAGGCAGUGAAGACUUGGGUUUUGGCCAAUUGGGUAGUGGAAAUUUUUGGUUUCAGCCAAAUUUAAUCACAGGCCUUAACAUGCCUCAAGUUCCUUUCUCUUUGUCAUGUUCAGGAGAGGAAGAGAGGGUCUGUUAUGUGCCUAGUGAUGUGAUUUCGCCGCCUCUGCCUCCAUCAAACAAUCGUUGGGCAGAACCUGUGGUGACUCAGAUUACAGACUUAGGUGAGAAGAAGGUUGAGACGAGGCAUGGACCGGUCAAGGCGGCAUCAGGAUCAAGUACUUCAUCAGAGAGCCAUAGCUUGGACCUUAAGCAGGUUGAAAACCCUUUAGGCCAUGAUAUAGGAAAUGGGUCUGGGCCACGCAACCCAAGAGAAGAAGAAGAGGUGGCUGCAGCUGAAAUCGACGACAACCACAGGGAGGAGGUUGGGUUUGAGCUCAUCAGCUUGUUAAUGGCUUGUGUUGAGGCGAUUGGAUCGAAAAAUAUUGCUGGGAUUAACCACUUCAUAGCUAAACUGGGGGAACUGGCUUCUCCGAAGGGAUCUCCUAUAAGUCGGCUUACCGCUUACUUUGUUGAAGCUUUAGCUUUGAGAGUUACUAGGCUUUGGCCUCAUGUUUUUCACGUUCAAACUCCUCGGGAGCUUGAUCGGGUGGACGACGAUGGUGGCACUGCACUAAGGCUUCUGAACCAGGUUAGCCCCAUUCCUAAGUUCAUUCAUUUCACCUCAAAUGAAAUUAUAUUGAGAACUUUUGAAGGGAAGGACAGGGUCCACAUCAUAGAUUUCGACAUUAAGCAAGGGCUUCAGUGGCCUAGCUUGUUCCAGAGUUUGGCCACUAGGGCUAAUCCCCCAACCCAUGUUAGGAUUACUGGAAUAGGUGAAUCCAAACAGGAGCUAAUCGAAAUGGGAGAGAGACUAGCUGGAUUUGCUGAGGCGUUGAGCCUGCCUUUCGAAUUCCACCCAGUUGUUGACCGGUUGGAAGAUGUGAGGCUGUGGAUGCUUCAUGUUAAGGAUGGAGAAACCGUGGCUGUGAACUGCGUUUUCCAACUGCACAAGAUGCUCUAUGAUGGUACCGGUGGAGCGAUUAAGGACUUUUUGGGUCUAAUUCGGAGCACAAACCCCAAAAUCGUUCUUAUGGCGGAGCAAGAAGCAGAACACAAUGAUCUUGUAUUGGAAGCUAGACUUACCAAGUCAUUGAAAUACUAUUCUGCUAUUUAUGACUCCAUUGAUUCAUCUAGCCUUCCAUUGGACAGCCCGGUAAGGAUCAAGAUAGAGGAGAUGUUUGGGCGCGAGAUUAAGAAUAUUAUCGCUUGUGAAGGAAGUGAGAGGAUUGAAAGGCACGAGACUUUUGGGAAGUGGAGGAGGUUGAUGGAGCAAGGAGGGUUCAGAUGUGUGGGAGUUAGUGAGAGGGAACUGCUGCAAAGUCGAAUGCUGUUGAAGAUGUACUCUUGUGAGAAUUACCGCGUGGAAAAGCAAGGAGAAGAUGGUGGAGUUGCUCUUACUCUAAGUUGGAUGGAUCAGCCUCUUAUCACCGUAUCAGCUUGGGUGCCUGUUGAUGUUGUCGGCAGCUCUUCAUCAUACUCUCAGCCAAUUUGAGUUGUCACGGAUUUCUUCUUCAUUCCAUGCUUAGUCGUUUUCCUUCAUCUAUGUCACACAGGAAAGGAUACUAAAUUCUUUGUAGGUAGAAAAAUCUUGCAUUAUUCUUUCAUUCUUUUGUUGCAGAUAAGAUUUGUUGGUAUAGGUUUCCAUUCUUCACAGGACAGAGUUAUAGAUGUCAGUCAGUAGCUUUGGAGUCACCUUUUUAUUGUUUUAUUCCUUGAUUAUUUAUGUGCUGAAAUUCUUUGUUAGUUUGUCACUUCAAAUAUGUUGUAUUCUUUGUUUGUAAGGAUAUCAUCAAUAUCAUUUUGAACCAUGUACCUCAAAAUUGGAUUAAGAUAUAUGAAAUAUCACAGUUGUGUUUAGUUAUUAGUA